UUUUUGAAAUUCUUUAGUGUAUUGUAGGUUUUUCACUCAUACGUCCUUUAUAAGCACAUUACAGCAGUAUUUGUUUGUGCUUUGAGCACCUGCCCCUUCAAAGGUCUCUGCACAGCCCUGGGUACCACCUUAAGAUAAUAUUAGGCUUUCUAAGUACUACCAUUAUGACAGAAAGUGUUGGCCCUUUUCAGCUAGAGACAGUUUACACAGGAGCCAGGUUUAUUCUCAAUAAAAAGAUUAUUUAUUCUUAACUGUUGCUGAAUUCUGAAAGGAGGCUGUUGAAGAAUAUAGUGGAAGCAUGUUACUUCUCUUCCUGAUAUUUCACAUAUGAAGCCACCACUGCAGUGUUUCUGAAGCACUUACAGUAUUUUGCCUCCACUGAUUAUCUUGCCAUCACAUUUUAGCUCUUACCGAAUCAUGGAUGUAUGUGUGUGCUAAGUGCACAUAUGUGACUACGUAGCAGGCUGAUACUGACACAAAAUAUUACAGGAAAUGCUCACCUCAUUUUUGAUCAAAAUGUUGUUGUAUUUUGAUAGAAUGUUGUUUAAAUGAACUUAUUUCAUUUUUAACAAAUAUUAAAGAUUUCUUCCACGUACCACAAGAUAGGGCUCAAUAGGCUACUCAAUAGGCGGCCCCGAGGCCGCAUCCACCCCGCCGGCUCCCUAUUUGUGGCCCCCAAACGGUUAUUUCUUCACUAUGGGUUUUGGUUGGGUCAGCACGUGUACGUAUCGCAUACUGACACUUUGCCAGCUGUAGGAGCCUAGAUUGCACGCGUGUUUCAAGUUCUCUGCUAAAAGAAAGGUGGAUAGUGAAAAUCUGCAAUUCAAAGAAGAAUGGACUAAAAAUGUUGCAUUCAUUCUCUUUCCAACCAGCACAAGACCCAUGUGCUUAAUAUGCCAGGAGACUAUAGCUGUGAUGAAUAUUUCCAAUUUGAAAGGGCAUUAUGAGACAAAGCAUAGGAAUUCUGAAGAGACAUCUCUUCAAAAUUCAGAGGUAAGAACAACAAAAAUAAAUGCACUGAAAUCGUCAUAUCAAAAAUCUUUGUAGCCCUUUAAGAUUUGUAUUACCCCUGGUCUACACCUUCCACCUGUCAGUAUAACACAAUACUCAACAACACAAACACCAUAGGGCAUAAUUGGAAAUGAAUAAUUACACAUUUUCACACAAUUACACACAAUUCUAAGUUAGAAAAGUAUUAACAGUGUUUUGAGUCCACAUCAGUGAACUUUAGUUAGUAGGUCUGAUGUGUGGUGCCUGGUAAUUUGGGCAGAGUGGGACCUCUUCCCUCCAAACUACACCAUCCAAAACAGGACCUCGUUAUUUUUAGACCAUAUCAUACAGCGACUCUUUGAGCUACAAUAUAAGCUAUAAUAACCCAGGCGCACCAUACUAAACAGCUGAAGACUACUAUUUCUUUAUGCUGGGGACAAUGUUAUUCAGAUUCGGUGUCAUUCUCACUCCGGAGUCCUCGGACCUGGACGUCUUUGUCUCGGGUUCGCGUCCGGAAAUGGGCCAUUGGGACCCGAACGGAGCGGUUCAGAUGAAAGCGUCGCAGAAGCUGCUGUCACCCCGUGAGCCGUGUCUGUGGAUCGGCGACGUGCAGCUGGCGGAGCCGGUCAAAGACACACUGUGGUUCAAGUUCGUCAAAAGACUCGGAGGCACUUAUAUCUGGGAAGGUAGCGGUCCGAGCCACGACAGAUGCUGUUCAUAUGAUGACAGGAACAUGGUGGAUGGGGUGUACUGCCACCCAAUUGGUCACUGGAUAGAGGAAACAGGACACACCGAUGAGAUGAAACACACCACAAGCUUUUACUUCAGUGUGGCAGGUCAGAAGGCCAUACAUUUCUCCAGGGUGCUGCCACGUGUUUGGCUGGGCAGCUGCCCUCGACAGGUGGAACAUGUGACUAUAAAGAUGAAAUAUGAAUUGGGCAUUACUGCAGUGAUGAACUUCCAGACGGAGUGGGAUGUGGUGAACAACUCCAGUGGAUGCAGGCGCAACAAUUUGGAAGCCAUGACCCAAGAGACCAUGAUGCACUUGUAUAAAGACUACGGCUUGGUGUAUGUCUGGAUACCUACGCCUGACAUGAGCACUGAGGGCCGGAUCAGGAUGCUCCCCCAGGCUGUAUUUUUGCUUCAUGGUCUCUUGGAGAAUGGUCACACUGUCUACGUUCACUGUAAUGCUGGAGUAGGCAGAUCCACGGCAGCUGUGUGUGGCCUGCUCAUGUACGUCCUCGGCUGGAGCCUGAGGAAGGUGCAGUACUUUGUUACAUCCAGGAGGCCAGCGGUGUACAUAGAUGAGGAGGCUUUAGUCCAGGCUCAGGCAGAUUUCCUCCAGAAGUUUGGACAACUGCGAUCAUCCAUCUCUUACCUAGAGACAUGAGAUUUGAGUACCUUACUCUUAAGGUCUCAAAUUUGAAGUUGAAUUAACAGUUGUGAAAAGCUCAACUGGACUGGACUUUAGGUAACUAAAAUGAUUCCUGGCAUUGUACGAAAAAACACAUGCUGUGUAGUCAGCAUAAAGGUGCCGGAAGGUGAAAUAACCUAUAGCAAGAAAAUUUACUUUUUUACACUUAAAUAUAAUGUGUGUAUAAUGUUUAAUAUUUGUAAAAUGACCCACUUCAGCUUAGUGGAUUUCGAAACCUGUCUCGAGUAUCUGGAGAGAGUUCUGCUGGCUGCCAGCAUCAAUGCUGCACGCAGUUAAUCCUACUGAUGUGUUAGUUUUUGACUUCUCUGCCAUUUAGCACAUACAGUUACAAACUGUGCACUUGGAGUCAACUAAGGACACUAUUAGUCGUUUUCAGUAAACCCCACACGGGUUUUUGGAAAGGACUUUUCUUUUAGCCUUUGUUUUUUUUUUUUUUUUUUUUUUGCGGGGGGUGGGGGUCCAAUUAAAUAGAGUUGACAUUUUAGAGGCAACUUUUACCUCAUGUGUUGAAUAGCAAAACGAACAAAUAUCACUACCCUCAAGAAGGAAUUUAACAAGACUAGACAUAUUAUGCAGGAAGACAUUUGUCAUUUCAAGGUGAGUGGGAAGCAGGUCAUGAACAAUGUUUACACAUUUGCUGUCCUCCAACAUACCGUGCUCUACAAUAAAGGAUUAUUUCACAUUAUUGCAUGAUUGUGUAUCAGUUUGGAGAAUUCCUUUCUUCAUUUCAGGAUGGAAAAUUAUCUUUCUUUCUUGCUUUUUUGCUAAGUCUUAAUGCUGCAUGAAAAUGUAACUGUUUGCCAAAGCAGCAAAUCAA